AUGGCAGCUUCUGCUAGUGAAAUUGAGGAUUUCCUAUCAGGACCUCUUGUGAAAUGGCUCUCCACUUGCAUAAAGAAACCUGAAACUUUACAAGUGUAUGAAACCUUCUUUGAUGGUGGCCCCAUCAACGAAGUACUACUUCUCAUCGAUCCUGAACCGUCUCAACCAGUGCCUUCAAUAACAAACUUACAGGGUCUCAACAUAACCACUGCUAGAGCCAAGAUAUUCCACUGUAUAGUGAGAAAUAUCAAAACUGUUUAUGAAGAUGAACUUGGGCAAGUUGUAGUCUCUAUUCCAGAUUGUGUGGUUCUGGGUAGGACCCCAGCUUCACAGGCAGCUCUGGGGCAAUUAAGAUUAUUGAUUUUAUUGUUACUGGGCUGUGCUGUACAGGGGCCCACUAAAGAAGUGUUUAUAGGGAAAAUUAAAGAGUUGUCAGUAGAUGAUCAACAUGACAUUGUAGAAUGCAUAAAAAGAGUAACUGAUGAUCAGAGUAUAGUUUUGACUCUAGAUUGGCCUGAUCAACCCUCUCAGCGUUUGUACUCACAUAUUAGAACAUUGACUAGGGAAAGAGACAAACUGGUGCAACAAUGGGUGACAGAUUUGGGACAGGAAGCACCUAUAUCAGAAUCUGCCCCCAAAUUUGGGACUCAUGGGGUGGAAUCAAAUCAUUUGGCUGUGGAACUGGCAGACUGGAAGGCAAGGAUGAGAAGACAAAGACAGGAGUUGGAAGAAAAAUCAGAAAUUUUAGCAGAAUGUAAAGAAGAACUGGAACACUGUAAAACUAUGCUGGCCAAACUGAAAACUGAGAACGUCGACUUGCUGACGGAGGCGCGUCAAGCCAAGGCCUACCGCGACGAGGUGGACUCGAUGCGCGAGAAGAUCGAACGCGCCGACAGGCUGGAGAUUGAGGCUCAGCGAUACAGGGAGCGGCUAGCCGACGCUGAGUUCUACAGGGUGCGCGUGGACGAGCUGCGCGAAGACAACAGGGUGCUGCUGGAGACUCGGGAGAUGCUAGAGGCGCAGGUAGCUCGGGCAAGGCUGCGCGGCGAUCACGUGCUCGAGCUGGAGGCGGAGCUGUUGGCGAGCAAGCAGGCGCUGGCCGAGGUCGUGCUGGAGAGAGACGCCACCAAAGACAAAAUCCAAGAACUCCUCGAAGAGAACCUGCAACUUCAGCAACUCACAAAGGCAGCCCUGCAAGAGAACAGCUCGUCCACCGCGUUCACCGAUUCCGAUCCGGAAGAGCCGAACUCCGGGGACAACAGCCUAUCCGAGCAGCUGACCAACAAUGCGCAGGCGCGCGCUUUGAGGUUAGAAUUGGAGAACAAGCGACUGCUGUCCGCUAUCGAUAACCUCAAAGAGAGCAGCUUCCACGAGAGCGCCACCAAGAUCUCGGAGUUGGAGAAGGAGAAGAAGAAAUCGGCGCUGAGGUGCGAGCAGCUGCAGGAGAGCUGCGACAGGUUGACGCGACAGAACGCCGAAUUGGAGAGUCUGUUCAAGAACGCCAUACAGGAGAAUAGGAAGUUGCAAGAUUCCAUCGACACUCAGAAGGUUAUCUUGGAUAGACAUAACAGUGAGUUACACAACGAAAGGACGAGAUUGAAUGAACUAGAGAAUAAUAUUGAGCACGUUACCAAAGAGAAACAGAGGAUUCAGACUUUGUGCGACACCAUCAAGAAACGGGCAGAUGAUUCCGAAAAGUCUCUAUCAGACAUUUCGGAACAACUUGCUACCUUGCAGGCGCAGGCGGGCAAAGUUAAGGAAUUCGAAAAGACUGCAAACAGCAUGACAGAGAAAGUUUCGGUUUUAGAAAAAGAAAACACCACGAUGUCCAAGGAGAUAACCAAAUUGAAAAAAACAAUAGAAGCUAAAGACGUAAUCGUGGAUCAAGCUGUAGAAAAAAGUUGCAAACAAGAGAAGGAGAUACAAAGACUGAACGAUAAAAACCUGAACUUGUCUAGCCAAAUCGAGAGGCUCCAGGACAUAGAGAAAAAAUCCCAGGAGCUCAUCUCACGUGCUUCCAUCAAUUCAGAAACGAUUUCCACCCUCCAGAAAGAUUUGAUCACCGAAAAAGUCACCGGGGAAAAAUUCAAAAGCAACUUGGACAAAUUGGGAUUGAACGUGGAGAUUCUCGAAAAUGACGUCACGUUCGUGAUAGAGAAGAUGCUCGAUAACAGUGAAAUUUUGAAAAUUGUCACUCCUAUUGUGAAAGAGCAUAUCGGAGAGAACGAAAGUUUGCAGAACGUCGGCUCGUCGAAUAUCGAUGAAGAGAAAAAUAUCCAGAACGAAAAGUUGUUGGCCGAGAUCUCCAACUUGCAGAUAUCUAAUGAUAUCUUGCAGAACGAAAAUGCUACCUUGAAAGUUGAUAUAGCCACGUUGAAAUCGCAAGUGAAUUCGUUGCAAACGCAGCAGACGGCUUUACAGUUGGCAAAUAGCCAACUGGUUGUCGAAAAAGAUGAGUUAGUGAAAAAACAACAAAUCCAGAACACCCAACACGACACCCUAUUACUGGACCAAGUAACCCUGAGAACGUUACACGAACAACUGAACUCGGAAUACGAAGAAGCCAAGCGGGAACAGGAAACCCUGAAAAAAGUAGCGCGCGACCUUCGAUCGGAAAUACGGACGCUCAAAGAGACGAACGGCACGCUCGAAACGAGGAUCGCCGACGUCGAAGCCGAAAAGGACGCGCUGAAAAGCGACGCGAAGAGUCUCGGUAAUCUGAGAGCGGAACACUCGAAGUUGAAGGACGACUUUAGGAACCUGUUCACGGCCAGCGAACGGCUGAAGCAAGAGUACAGAUCCGUGCAAGAGGAGCUGAAAACCUUGAGGACGGAGUCGAGGAAUCUUAGGUUAGGGCGGACGGAGAUGCAAGGCGAAUUGAACCUGAGGUCGGACAGGGUGGCGAGUUUCCAGCUGGAGAAUGCUAAACUUCAGCAAAAAUGUGAUAUGCUGUUUGAGAUGAACCAUUCUCUAGAUUCUGACAGAAGGGCGCUGAUGGAACACGUCUCCCAGCUCCUUUCCCAAUACCAUUCUCUGCUCACCCAUUCGCUGGAAGACAAACAGCACUACCAUACCGAGGAGAAGCAAUAUACGGACAAAGUGAAUAAUCUUUGUAGGCAGAAGGAGAAAUUGGAAGAGAAAAUCAUGGAACACUAUAGGAAGUUGGACAAUGCGUCUGCCAAAAAGAAAGGAUUUGGAGCUACCCUAGUUCGUCGAGUAAGAAAAGCAGGCUCAGAUAUAAUUAAUAAAGUUCCAAGUAGGAACCGCAGAUCCUGGCACGAAGACACCGCUAGGAUGACCAGAUCGCAGAUCACCCUACUGAACGACGGAUCGGGCGAGUCGAACGGCAACGCUUCGGACAACAGUUUAGAGGAGCCGUUCAAAAGGAGCGCGGGCGGAGGUGGGGGCAGCCUGCAUGGGCACAAAAAUAGGGAGGAAGUAGUUUCGAGGAGGUCGUCGUACAGAGAGGUGGCCUCACAUCGGAAUAGCAUAGCAGAUGACCCAACCGCCCCGCAAGAACCCACCCCUGCCCUCAGUCUCGGCACGGUCGGUACCCGUCGCACGGUCUACCUCUCCGAAGAAGAUCACUCCCCCAUCGCCGCCGCCUUGCCCGCCCCCGCCAACCCGCCUGUCGAUCCGCCCAGUGCCCAGCCGCCCGCGCUGCCGCCCAUGCUGGUCUACAACAAGAUAUCGACGGUAAUCGGUGAGCCGCCCAGGGUGGCGCAACAGACGGAUGGACCGCCCAGGGUGGCGCAACAGGUGGAUAGACCCUGCGAAGAGGGGGAGAAAGAGGGGGAGAAGGAUAGUAAGGGCGGCCGGAGUGCCAAGGAAACGGCCGUGUGGUACGAGUAUGGUUGCGUUUGAAUGUCGGGCUGUUUCGGGAUAAGAUUGUCGAGGUAUGCUUAUGGUAAAUACUGUCUGUAG